GUCACCAUGGCCAGCACUGGGAACUGCCUCAUCUUUUUGAUCAUCGUCUCGUUUGUCCAAGGAAGCCCUCCACCGUACUGGACCAGUCCACCAACAUGCUACUCCAAAGUGCUGGACAUGGGGAGGGAUGUCAGUGCGCGUGUGGCAGACUUAAAGACUGACCCUGAAACUAGUCGUUGUGCUGACCACAUGCCGUACCUGUACAUUGAUGUGCAUAAUGCUUGCAUCAUGGAGACGAUGCUUAGCUUCAUGACCAUGAUCGAGCGCAUGCGGCAGAGACGCUGUGCGUACACACGCAAAGUCCAGGAGCUGCGCAUGAAGUUACGCCAGCUUCACAUGAUCAUCUCCCAGAGGUGUCAUGGGGACCUGGUGUUCACAAUUGAUAACUGUGCAGCAUUGGAGAGGAGAAGAACUUCCUAAAAUGGUGACUCUUUUGAGAUCCAAACAUUUCUCUUGUUAUCCUGUUUUCAGCAAAGGCUUUCUAUCACAUUAAUUUCAGAGAAAUAAUAGAAACAAUUCUACAAUUAAAAUUCAAAUAUUAUUCAUGUAAUUGUGAGCAAUAUGUUCAGCAACUUGAAAUUUACCACUGAAAUGUAAAAAUGUUCAUAUGGUAUGUUUGGUCGAGACAACUAUGAGAUCAACAAUUAGCUACCACUAGGUGGCAAUGUUAAACAAGGUGGAAAAAAGGAUUGUAUGGGAGUUCAACAUAUCACUGUAAUUCAGUAUCAGGCCUAUGAAGUAGGUCCCUGUGCUUAGAAUAAGGCUUUAUAUCUAUUUUCUUAGCAAGAGCUUGAUUUACAGAUAACUUAAAUAAAUAAUUCAACUAUAUUCAUCACUGGAAUAUAUGCACAGCAUUCAUUUGUAUUCUUUAAAUACAUGCAUUCUAGCUUUCACUGUAAAUAA